UUUGCAUGUCUUACCUUCUGUAAAUCUAUUGCUGCCGGCCACAUUGACUUUUUAUAGCUAUUGCUUCCGGCCAAUAGAAUACAUUUUUUUUUGCCGGCCAACUUGAUUUUUUAAUGCAACUACCGAUUGCCCCGGAGGUCUUUGUUUUUGUAAUUGCUGCCGGCCACCUUUUAUCGUAACCACCAAUUGACCCAAAGGCCUUUAUUUUCCUUUUAUGUCUUUACCUUAUGGGUAGCUACCGCUCCUGGCCAGUAAAAUAAAAUAUAGCUAUUGUUGCCGGCCGGCUUGAUUUUUUUAAUGCAACAAUCAAUUGACCAGGAGGUUUUGUUUAUUUAGUACUAUGUCUUACCUGCUGUGUUGCUCAUGGGUAUUGUAUCAAAAUUUGAUUCUUGUUUAGAGAGCUUGGUUUCUGUAUGUCUUAAUUACCUUCUGACCGACGUUUUGAUUGUUAUCUCCUACGUAUGACAUGGUAAAAUUAUUUAAGCCUUGUUUGGUCCUGCAAGCAACUCCCAGUAAUGGUCGAGUCUUGAAUCAGAAAACUUGAUUUUCUUUUUCAUAUAUUCCUGUCACCUGCCAGUCAGUGCACCUAACUCACUCCAUGAAUAAUAAGAUAGACAUUCAUUCCAUAGAUGGAUUCUGCUCACCCACAUAAGGUUGCAGAGGCUUCAAUCUUGGUUUCCUGAACAACAGAAAAAUACAUGGCUGGAGAAGCAGCAGUUGGAGUGCUGCUUGACCGUUUGGCUUCCAAGGAGUUCAUCAACUUCUUCCGGGGUCAAAAGCAUGACGAAAGUCUCCUCAAGAAGCUGGAGGUGAAGUUACUUGAACUUAAUAAGGUGCUUAACGAUGCAGAAGACAGGCAGAUCACUGAUCGAGCUGUGAAAGCUUGGCUGGACGAGCUUAAAGAUGCUGUCUACCAUGCUGAGGACCUAGUGGAUGAGAUCGCUACCGAGGCUUUGCGGAGCAAGGUGGAAGCCGAUUACCCAAGAGGCAAAAAAAGGUUACGAGAUUCUCUGAUCUCGACUUUCACUUGGUUAUUCGACCGUGGUGGAAUGAACUCCAAGUUAGAGCAAAUGAUUGGCGUGUUAGACCAUUUCGUCGUGAAAGCAAAAGAUGUACUUGGUUUGAGAGAAGUUGCUGGACGGAACUGGUCCCAAACCAGGUUGCCAACGACUUCUUUGGUGGAUGAAUCCUGUGUUUAUGGACGAGAGAAUGACAAGGAAGAGAUAAUGAAAUUGUUGGUGUCUGAUGGAGAAAGUAGUGAUAAGGUAGAUGUGAUUCCAAUUGUUGGGAUGGGUGGGGUGGGCAAGACCACCCUUGCUCAACUUUUGUACAACGAUGGCAGAUUAGAUGGGCACUUUGUUAAGAAAGCAUGGGUAUGUGUCUCUGACGUAUUUGAUGUUUCAAGGGUCACACUAGCAAUUGUUGAGGCAGUCACUGAGAGGGCUUGUGAUACAAAGGACCCAAACUUGCUUGCGGUCAAGCUGAAGGAAUCAUUGAGUGGGAAAAAGUUUCUUAUCGUAUUGGAUGAUGUUUGGAACGAGAACUAUGACAAUUGGAAUGCUUUGAUGACUCCUUUCAGAUUUGGAGCACACGGGAGUAAGAUUAUCGUUACGACGCGCAAUGAGAAUGUUGCAUCUAUCAUGCAAACAGUUCCUAUUCAUGGUUUGCAGAGAUUACCAGAGGAAGGUUCUUGGAAAUUGUUUUCCAAACAUGCAUUUGAGAAGGGAGAUUGCAAUGAACAUCCUAACCUUGAAAGCAUUGGUAGGAAAAUAGUGAGAAAAUGUAAAGGCUUGCCUUUAGCUGCAAAAACACUGGGUGGUCUUUUGCGCUCCCAACGAGAUGUUAAGGAUUGGAAUAAUAUACUGGAAAGUGCCAUAUGGGAAUUAUCUGAGGAGAAGAGUAACAUACUUCCAGCCUUAAGAUUGAGCUAUCAUUAUCUCCCCUCCCAUUUGAAAAGAUGUUUUGCUUUCUGUUCCAUAUUUAUUAAGGAUUAUGAAUUCAACAUGGAGGAAUUAGUCUCAAUUUGGAUGGCAGAAGGGUUUUUGGUGAAAUCCAAGAAUAAUAAGACAGUGGAAGAAGAAGGUUAUGAGUGCUUCAACGAAUUGCUUUCAAGGUCAUUUUUUCAGAGAUCAAAUGCUAAAAAAUCUUUGUUUGUCAUGCAUGAUCUUGUUCAUGAUUUAGCUCAAUAUGUGAUGGGAAAUUUCUGUUAUGGGCCAGAGGAUGGCAAGCCAUGUGGUACAUAUGAGAAUGUACGCCAUUUCUCUUAUGUUCGAGGUAAGUUUGAUGGCGUUGAUAAGUUCAAGGUAAUUAAGGAUGCUAAGUGUUUGAGGACUUUCCUUCAAAUAGACCGUAGAAAACCUCACUGUUCAUUGUUGAACAAAAAGGUGUUGGACGAGAUUAUUUCAGGAAUGUCACGUUUACGGCUGCUAUCGUUGCCGAGAUAUGGGAUUGAUGAAUUGCCUUAUUCAAUUGGCAAACUGAUACAUCUACGCUUUUUGGACCUCUCCUAUAGUCAAAUCACUCAGCUGCCUGAAUCAGUCUGUACCCUAUAUAAUUUAGAAACAUUGUUGUUAUCUAAUUGCUAUUCUCUUACAACGUUACCAGCAGAGCUUAUAAAACUGAUUUCAUUGCGUCAUCUUGAUUUAAGUGGAACUAACUUAAAAGAACUGCCAAUGCAUAUGAGUAGGUUGAAAGAUCUCCAACGACUAACUGAUUUUGUAGUGGGAAAGUGCAGUGGGUCAGGUAUUAAUGAGUUGAAAGAGCUUGAUGGUCUUCAAGGAGCAAUCACCAUCGCAGGUUUGGAAAAUGUAACAAGCAGCAACGAUGCAUUAGAAGCAAAGUUGAAGGAGAAAAAGCACCUUGGAGGGUUAACAUUGAAAUGGGGUAGCACUGCGGAGGAUUCAGAGAAGGGAAGAGAUGUUCUCGAAAACCUAGAGCCUCAUACAAACUUGAAGCGCCUUGAGAUUAUAAAGUAUGGAGGCACAAAAUUUCCUACUUGGUUAGGAGAUCAAUCGUUUUCCAAUAUGUGGUGGUUAAGUUUGGAGAGGUGUGAGAAUUGCUUUUCCUUGCCACCACUCGGCCAAAUGCCUUCUCUAAAGAUGUUAUGGUUACGGAAUUGUCCAGAAAUUGAGUUUUUUCCGAAAGGGGGUCUGCCCUCCACAUUAACUUUUCUUACUAUCAGCAAUUGCAAGAAACUGAAGGCUCUGCCAGAACAAAUGCAUACCCUCCCAUCUCUUCAGAAUUUAACGUUAGGGAAUUGUCCAGAAAUUGAGUCUUUUCCGGAAGGGGGUCUGCCCUCCACAUUAGGCAAACUUACUAUCAGCAAAUGCAAGAAACUUGUUGGUGGCCGAAAAGAUUGGGGUUUGCAAACACUACCCUCCCUCACAAGAUUUUCACUGUGGGGUGAAUCUGAAGAUGUGCUGGAGUCAUUCCCCGAGGAAUGGCUGCUGCCCCCCACUCUUACAAAUCUCACCUUCGGAGAUAUGCCGAAUCUGAAAUCACUCAACGGAAGGGGCCUUCAACCUCUUGUCUCUCUCAAACGCAUGCAAAUUACCGAUUGCCCUCAGCUCCAAUCCUUGUCGGUAGAGAGGCUUCCCACUUCCCUCUUACAGCUGGUAAGUUUUAGCUGUCCAUUGCUGAAGGGUCGUUACCGCAGGGAGGAAGGAGAAGACUGGCAUAGGAUUGCUCACAUCCCGUUUAUAUGUAUCGAUGGUGAAGUAAUCAGUGAGGAGGAGAAAUAAGUCUAUUUCCACGAUAUGUGGGCAGGGGAAACCCUAAGCUUCCCACUCAGGUGGGUAUUGUACUGAGCAUAAGCUCUUGCGGAAUCACAAAAUCUCAAUCAUGGCUGUUAUUUGAUAAUAACUUUUGGUGCGGUUGCAUUGAAUGGCUUCUAAAAGCAGGCUGAUCUUGGGUGACCAAAAUUGUAUGAGAAGCGAUGGCAGAUCAUCUAGGCCGUGUUUGGAUUAUGACUUUGUGAAGGAAAGCGCUCGUAUCGCUUAGGCAUUACAUGAUUGUGAUCAAACCAAUUUUCAGUGUGUGACAUGGCGGAAACAAAGUUGGGUAUAUAAGUCCAAGCCCUAUGCCCUAAGGAGGCCUUGGGCCGGACUUUGAACUGUCCAGUGCAUGUGACUUUCGGUGAUGUGGGCUCAGAGAUAUCCGGGCCCACAGGCUUUGUUUUGGACCAUAAGAGAGGGCUGGCAUGGCCACCCCCACCACCUCUGCUGCUCAAUUUUCUGAGGUGGUGGUUGGUCUGUUACUGAUGCUGAUGCUGGUUGUGAUUGUGGUUUUGGUGGUGGCGUUUACUGGAAUCCGAUGACCGCGCCGGACUGCAGAUGGGCUUGGGCAUUAGUGUCAGAUGGGCUCUGGCAGGAAAACAGACCAAGAGAUCUGUUGAAAGAGGGCCUUUACUUUCUCUUCCUCUCAUGUUGUUCAUGAGUUAUUCUUCUCACUUUCUUCCUUUCCUUCUAAUUCUUCCUCUCAGUUGUUUUCUCUGUUUCUGUUGAUGGCUUUUGUUUCAGAUCUUGUGCUUGCUGUAUCUGAACUGUUUUUUUUUUUGGUGUUCUUUUCCUUCUGAUUUUUGUGGGCUUUGAAGAGGGUUUUGAUGAUCUUUUUAAAAGGAAAAGGAGGGAGGGGGGCAGUGGUAUUGACAGCUUUCCUCUGCUAACUUUUGUUUGAGUGUUCUCUCCUCUUUAA